AUGCCACUUGUGCCCAGAGAGCUUCAAAGCAAAGAGCGCACUGGAUGCUCACCUGCGCAACCACACAGACGAGCGGCCAUUUAAAUGCCCUUCAUGCGCUCAAAGCUUUGCAGCUAUGUCAACAUUGAAAAAGCACAUGCGCAGCCAUACGGGCGAGCGGCCAUAUAAAUGCCCUUCGUGCCCGCAAAGCUUCUCGGCAAACACCACAUUGAAGAAUCACCUGCGCAUCCACACAGGCGAGCGGCCGUAUAAAUGCCACCUGUGCCCCAAGAGUUUUUCCAGAAAGUUCAUACUGAAUGACCACUUGCGCACCCACACCGGUGAGCGGCCCUAUAAAUGCCCUUCAUGCCCCCUAAGCUUUUCACUAAAGUUGACACUGAAGGAGCAUGUGCGCACCCACACAGGCGAGCGGCCAUAUCAAUGCCCUUUAUGUCCCCGGGUGUAUAUGCAAAGACAGUGCUUCAAAAGACACAUGCGUCAGCAUGAACAACAGCAUUUGACUAACCCGUAUUCUUUUCUUUGUGCAGCUUCGGCGCCUUUCAGCCAUCCCGCAACUAUGGAUGCUAAGAAGUCACGCAGGGAACGCCGUCACCACUGUAACUUGUGUGACUACGAGACUGACAAGUCGUCUCACCUGAAACGGCACAUGAGGGUUCAUACGGGUGAGCGGCCCUUUGAAUGCAACUUAUGUCCCGAAGGAUUCAAAGCAAAGCCUGCACUGGAUCGUCACCUGCGCUGCCAUACGGGCGAGCGGCCAUACAAAUGCCCUUCGUGCCCGCAAGACUUCUCGGCAAAGACCACACUGCGGAAUCACGUGCGCAUCCACACAGGCGAGCGGCCGUAUCAAUGUCACCUGUGCCCCAACAGUUUCUCCAGAAAGUUCAUACUGAAUGAUCACUUGCGCACCCACAGCGGCGAGCGGCCAUACAAAUGUCCUUCAUGCCCCUCAAGCUUUGCACUAAAGUGCACACUGAAGGACCACAUGCACACCCACACAGGCGAGCGGCCAUAUCAGUGCCCUUCAUGCCCCCGGGCAUUUAAGCAGAAACAGGGCUUCAAAAGACACGUGCGUCAGCAUGGACUACAGUGACCAUUUAAGUGUAAGUUCUGCUGUCAGAGCUUCUCAAGAUGAACCUUUUUAUGGCUAAGCGAAAGGUAAAUCCGGCAGUCCUCUGCACACAGGAAACUCCUAUCGCGUAUGUGCCACGAAAAUUAGGCAUGCCCCAUUACUUGCCACUGGUCCACUAAAUAUGAAGAAGAGAACACAGGGGCGGCAAACACCAAUUAAGAUUUCUGGACAGUUGUAACCAGUAAUUGAGAAAGACUUUAAUGAAUCGUCGGGAUUAACCCAGUGAUAAACACUAGGGCAGCAUGGUUCAGCUUCGCUCGUUGACUGUACGGAGUGCUUGGGCUUCUUUUUUCUUUUUUUUUCUUUUUUUUUUUGCAAGUGCACAUGUUACCAGUUGUUCCGGAGCACUGUGAUUGUGCCUAGCUACGUAGGAUAAUAAUAAUUUCAUUAUUUUCUUUAGAUCAUCGUCGUGCAUGCAAUAAAAUGUAGUCAGAACAGUUCAUUUUUCUUCACGAUUCUUUACAGUGUUCUUUGAUGACCAGAUGAACGUUCGCAGUGUCAUAAGUUUAUUGAAAACCCAUGUAUUCGUACUGGUGAGCGACCACAACUUUAAAUUGUCAACUCCAAACCCUUUUGUAUUGUGUCGCUUAAACUAUGAUCCUCACGUUGUGUAUACUGAGUGUUCCUAUGAGUUCCUACGUCUAUCAGCACUUGCUUCACCUUUCAUGCGGAGUGAUGACUUUUUGUGUGCUCUUAAAUGUUGAACUUUAGGCUGGCUUCACAGGAUGAUUUAGCACAACCUAACAAGUUGGUUUGUUGUAUUAGGACUUAGGUGUUGCCACAUACAUUGAAUGCUGUACGUUUUUUUUUUUUUUUUAGAUUGCAGCAAAUCGUAGUGUCUAUGAUGAUGUCAUAGUAUUACUUUGCACUGGUAUUUUGUUUAAAAGCACUCAUUCAUUAGUUUCACUUUCUAAGCAAUCAUGUCAGCACUCAGCCAAUGCCGACUGUUAGACAUCUCACUAGCAUAUUUAUUGACUGCAGUCUGUGUUAACAUUCUUGGAAACCAGAUAUUUACAUGUGCUCUAGAAAAAUCUCAUUGUAUGUAUCUUUUUCGCAAGUGUCACUAUAAUGAGUUGUUGGAGAGUGUGAGCGUGGAUGCCAUAUAUUGUGGGAGUGAAGCACCAUUUCCAACUUUACGUACGAGACCAUUAACAAUGUAUGUACACAAGUGCAAGUAUGUAUGUCAUCAUGUUACUUCAAUCUUUUUCUUCUGCAUUGGCCAUUACUUCCAUAUUUGUAAUUGGAAUAGGCGCUGCCGAUCCUAUACUAGGAUUUCGUCAUUAACUAAUCUCCUUUGGUAAAGAAGACAUUGGAAUGCUGUCAUAUUGCUUCAGGCAUACUUAACAUUCGUGUUAUGUCUCACUCUUCAAAUGUGAGUGAAUAAGAUGGUAAAAAUUUACCCUUUUAAUUGUGGAAUAUUAAUUUUCAUUAGGAUCGACGACUCUCUUAGAUCUUUUACGCCUGUGUUCAUGGUGCUUUCUGUAGUGUUACUUCAUGAACGUUAACACGGUGUCCUUUCACUUUAGGCUCACACUAGUGUUGCGAUUGUGUUCUGUACUUUUAGGCUUUUCUGUGCCUCUUUUCGUUACUGCCCAUUAUAAUUAUGUGUUAGAUUUCUCAUGUUCCUACGGCAUGGAAGCACUUUGUUGCAUCCAAUAAUUAAGAAUGUAACCACUUGUCACUUGAC